AUGGAUUUUAAUGAAUGUUUCAUUCAUCCAAAGUCAUUCUCUUUAGACCCUAACAUUUAUACAGAACUUGUAGAACAUUAUACAAACGAGGCUUUAUGUUUUCCUGUUAAAGUUAUGGAUUGGAUUCCUAUGGACGGUUCAUUCUCAAAGAAUACAGAUAGUUCAAGUGCAACAUUUACAGCAGCUUAUACGCCUAUUAAUGUUAAAAGUAUUUGGGCACUAUUUAGAAAGAAAGACAACUAUUAUGUUAAUUUUGAGAACCCUAAGUUUAAAUAUCUUCAGCUUUCCAUGGGAGCUUAUGGAAAUAUGCCUGCAGAACCUGAAAAAUCAUAUGGACCUGUAUUUUAUGAAAUGGUUGCGAACGCUUGCAAUACAAACAAUGAUAUGAUUGGAUUUAAUGAAGAUGUUAUGAGGUCAUUGGUGGAUGAUGGUAGUGUGGAACAUAAAUGGGAUAGCUAUGACAACACACAUUUCUUAUGUGGUUUUCCAACAGAAGUGGACUUUUGCUUCCAGCAAGGUCAAACAUCUACUGCUCCAAUAACAUACAAAUUGUCUGUUAAAGGACCUAUUGAACUAGCAACUGAAAACGUACCAAAGCCACUUAUUGGAUUUAUGAGGGAUUGUUGCUUUGCCAUUCAGGUGCGUGCUAAUGGCAUCCCCAUAAUAAGAUUAGAUGACUAUAACUUAGCUACGGACGACAGUGAGGAAUAA